AUAAUCAUCAUAAGUAAUAUAUAUUAUAUUGGGACAACAUUUUAAUCGUUUUGUUUUAACGCCUGCGAAUAUUAAAGAAAUAAAAACGUUUCACAAUGAUGAAUCAGGAUAAUCCAUAUGCGAUGAAUCAGACGUGUAAGGUCUGUGGCGAACCAGCAGCUGGAUUUCAUUUUGGGGCAUUCACAUGCGAGGGCUGUAAGUCCUUCUUUGGUCGCUCGUACAAUAAUCUGUCCUCAAUAUCGGAUUGCAAGAAUAAUGGCGAAUGCAUUAUCAAUAAGAAGAAUCGCACAGCCUGCAAGGCAUGUCGUCUGAAGAAGUGCCUAAUGGUGGGCAUGUCGAAAAGUGGAUCGCGUUAUGGCCGUCGCUCCAAUUGGUUCAAGAUUCACUGUCUGCUGCAGGAGCAGCAGCAACAGGCGGUGGCCGCCAUGCAGGCUCAUCAGCAGGCGGCUGGCGGCGGUGGAUUGGGUGGUGCUGGCGGCGGAAGUGGUGGCUCAGUCAAUGGCUUGAAGGUUCCACCGCCAGCAGCAGCUGCAGCGGCCUUGGGAAUGCUGGGACAUGUUCCGGGUGGCUAUGCUGGCCUCUAUGGAGCCGGUCCGCCUGGACGUAGUAAAGAGGAGCUGAUGAUGCUGGGUCUGGAAAGUGCGGUGGCUAGUGGCGAAUAUGGCGGCGUGGUUAGUGGUGGUGGCUCUUUGAAACAUCCUGUUGUGGUGGCUUCGCCAUCUGUUAGCUCACCCGACUCCCAUAAUUCCGACUCGUCGGUGGAGGUUAGUGUUAGUCGGGUUAAUCCACUCCUGCAUUUGGGUGGUAGUGGUAAUGGAAACGGAAACGGUGCCAAAACCGUUUCUAGUUCAUCGUCAUCGUCCGCCGAAAUUGUGUCAACCCGAGCCAGUCCGGCUCCGCAUUUACGCAAGGAUUUGCCGCCUUUCCUGCCGGGAUUGCCGUUCCCCGGACUCGCCUCGUUGCCGACCAUGAUGGCACCGCCGCCUCCAUUUCUGCCGCCUUCCCAUCUACUCUUCUCCGGCUAUCAUCCCGCCCUCUAUACGCAUUCGCAUCAGGGUCUCCUGCCCACAGCGGCAACGCCCGAGCAACAGCAGCAGCAGCAGCAGGCCGCCGUCGCAGCAGCAGCUGCUGUCCAGCAUCUCUUCAACUCCAGCAAUGCGGCCCAGAGAUCCAAUCUCAACAAUAAUCACAUUCAUCUCCUGCCCAAUGGUAGUAAAAACCCCUCGGAUGAGCUUACCAAACGCUUCUAUUUGGAUGCAGUUCUAAAGUCGCAGCAGCAGAGCCCUCCUCCUCCUCCUCCUUCUCAUCCAACCAUCCAUGCUACACAGCCCACACUCGCUACACAUCACUCUCAUACUUCAGCGGCCUCAACUAAGUUGCCCAAACAGGACUAUUCCAUAUCCGCUUUGGUCACACCGAAUUCGGAAAGUGGCAGCCGUGAGCGAAUCAGGAGUAGAGAGGACUUGGAGGACAAUGAAAUGAAUGGUCUGGCCAACAAAGAUGCCGCCAUUGAAGACUCUGAAGAUGAUGAUGAAGAAGAUUUGGUAGUUUCCAUGACUCCACCACACUCACCACAUCCACCAGCAGUUCUUCAACAGCAGCAGCAGCAGCAGCCGCACAAUCAACCGCAGGAUGACGACGAAGAAGAUCACCAAGAUAAUCCCAUCGAUCUGAGUAUGAAAACCUCAGCUAGCUGCAGAAGUAGUGCAGCAAGUAGUUGCUCCACCAAUCAUGAAAAGCACGAGGACGAUGAGGAGGAGAUGGAGGAGGAAGGAGGAGGAGCCGAGCAUAAGCUAACACCACAUGCAAGAGACGAUGAUGUCGAUGACCAUGACGACGACGAUGAUGUGGAAGAACUGCAGCAUCAUCAGGACGAGGGUGAGGACAAAGAAAAGGAGCUAUCGGUUAAAGAAGAACUUUCAGAUGCCAAGGAUAUCGAUAAAGUUAACAUUGAGCAAUCGAAUAAUAACAACAACAACAACAGCAUCAAUAGCAACAAUAACAACAGCAACAGUAAUAACAAUAAUAAUAGUAGCAAUCCAGGUGAUAAUAAUAAGGAGGAAGCCAGCGAUUCUAUCAAACGUAAGCUAGAUGAUCUAGUUGAUGGUACCAAGGAGGAGAACGGCAAACGUUUGAGAUUAGAUGCUUUGGAUUUAACAACCAAAAUAUGAAGCGUUAUGCAAUUUAGGCGAAUUCAAAUAAGUCUGGCAACGUUAAAAUUUUUGUUCUCUCUCACUUUCGCUCUUUCUUUUAAUCCCUCUCUCC